ACCCUAUAAAAGUCAUACCAAGAUAUCAAAAACUUCAACUGAAACCAUAGUCACAUCCCAUAAAGAAGCACUUAGUCCCCCACCACCAAAAAAAAAAGUACUCAACAAUCACCUAAACAUGUCUUCAACAACAAUAGUUUCUCUCCUACUCCUUUCCUCUUCUCUGACCUUAAUGCUAUCAAUCGCCAUGGCUCAGGGCAGAGCCCCCCACGGGCUAGCCAACGAGAACCCAAUUGCCUUCUCACCAUCAGCAUACGAUUUCUUCCACCCCACCAAGCAAAGCAAGCCUAAUAAGGAAAGGCCUUGCACUGAGUUCAGUUGCUCGCCACUACCUAUGGCAGCCCAGAUUGAAGCCACUGGUGAAGACCAAGAAAGCAAAAUGGUGACUCCCCACAGCAGACAGCGCAGCUUGGGAGCUGGUGGCAUUGCAGGGAUUGUGUUCGGCUUAGCAUUUGCUGUGUUACUGGCUAUGAGUGUCUACUAUGUUGUCGUGACUCGUCAAGAUAACACGAGUCGAGCUAAACCUGCUCAACCUGAUGCUUGAUAUGCCAAAGUCGAAACCUGUCUUUACCUCAUGGUUUUCUUUGUUUAUCACCUUUCAAAUUUUCUUAUAUUAUUAGUUUGAAUUCAGUUCAAGUUAUGAUAUCCUUGAGGAAUGUACCUAUAGAUUCAGUGUCAAGCUAGUUAUAAUAGUAUUAUUUCAUUCAUCACA